GGGCCAGUACGAUUCUGGAAGGUAGUAGGAGAUAAGCGUUGGUGGAUAGAGGGAAAAGGGGGGUGGGAGCGAUGCUGAGCGUCGAGACGCCUACAUUCGCCUCAGUUACCGCCCAGACCGUGCCGCAAGCGAUUCGCGUCCUUUCGUUUGCUCCUCCUUUCUCUCGCUUUCACGUUCACCUUUUCGUACAUACAUACGUGUACACAUAUAUUUAUAUAUACAUCUCUAUACAUGCACACAUACAUCAUACAUACAUAGAUACAUACAUACAUACAUAUAAACAUAUAUAUAUAUAUACAUACAUACAUACAUACAUACAUACAUACAUAUAUAUACAUACAUACAUACACACAUUCAUAUCAUUAGGUUCAUUGUGAUUUUGUAUUAGAAAAAAAGCAAAAGGAAAGAAAAGAAAAGAAAAAGGAAAAAGAAACAAAAAAGAUAGAGAAGAAUAAAAGCGUCGUAAAGUUUUUGCGAAUGAUCUCGCACAUUCACACUUCUCAAACGUGUUCUUCCUCGGUGAAAUUGACGACGUUCGUUUCAGGCGACGACGAUUCGGAUUGUUCGUCGCGUAUAAUAACAAAAUCGUGAUAAUAGAUACUCGUCGACGUGUUGUUAAUCUUGCUGUUAAUUCUGUUAUUGCCAUUCUUGCUGCUGUUUGUCGUGUUUGUUAAAAUAUCGAUACAAUCGGUGCACGAAGUGAUUUUUUCGAUCAAACGGAGCAUAGGGCGGGGGUGUGAAAGGCUAGUUUACGAAGUGGCACCGAGGUGGAGGUUCCUCGGACGAAUCCCGUGCCUAGCGGUUUCCUCUGGAGGCGCUCAGAAAACAGUCAAGAUCCAUCGCUGCUCGGAGAUGUCGGAAAGUCAAGUUUUCGGCCCAGGGAGAUCAUGACAGGAACAUACCGGAGAUCGAAAGCGCGUACGAAGAUGAGGAGCAUAUCGCCAGGGGCGGAAGGACCCCUGGUGAAAACGAUUUCGACGAGGAAGGUGCCGAUGGAACAGUCACUGGUACGACGUUCGAUCUAAGAAUGGCGACGAACACGUCAAGGGGUCAAAUAUCCGGCGCGGGAGGAGGCUUCCUUAGGGGUGCCGGCCAACAACACGUCAACUUCGAUCCAGAAGCACCCCCGUUGCCACCCCUAGAUACCACCCAACAGACUACGAACCUCCUCGAGAGACCUGAUGCCGAUAAAAAAGUUAAGAGGCACAGUAUCCAUGGAAUGAUGGAAGAGGAAAAUGUGGUAAGACCUCACCAGGAAAUGACGAGUCUUUCUAUGCAGGAGAAAAAAUAUUUGCUUGCAGUAGAGCGAGGUGAUGUGGCAUCGGUAAGAAGAAUGCUUCAAAGUGCACAAGAGACCGACUUGAACAUCAAUUGCGUGGAUCCUUUAGGAAGAUCAGCCCUCUUGAUGGCAAUCGACAAUGAGAAUCUCGAAAUGGUGGAAUGGUUGAUCGAGCACAAAGUCGACACGAAGGAUGCUUUACUUCAUGCGAUUUCGGAGGAAUUUGUCGAAGCUGUCGAAGUUCUACUCGAUCACGAAGAAGUUUAUCAUAAGGAUGGUGAUCCACACAGCUGGGAAGCUCUACCGCCGGAUACCGCAACAUUCACGCCGGAUAUCACGCCGUUGAUCCUCUCGGCUCAUAGGGACAACUACGAGAUCAUCAAAAUCCUCCUGGAUCGUGGCUCGACUCUACCAAUGCCGCACGAUGUUCGUUGUGGAUGUGACGAAUGUGUGACGUCCAGGAUGGAGGAUUCCUUAAGGCAUUCGAGAAGCCGAAUAAACGCUUACCGUGCCCUGGCAUCGCCAUCACUUAUAGCCCUUUCCUCGAAGGAUCCAAUUCUGACGGCCUUUGAACUCUCUUGGGAACUCCGUCGACUUUCCUUUCUCGAGCACGAGUUCAAGUGCGAGUAUCAGGAACUCAGGAGGCAAUGUCAGGACUUCGCUACGGCUUUACUCGACCAUACAAGAAGUUCCUACGAGCUCGAGGUUCUUCUCAAUCAUGAUCCAAAAGGGCCUGCGUUCGAGCACGGCGAAAGAAUGCAUUUGAAUCGUUUGAAAUUGGCUAUAAAACUUAGACAAAAAAAGAAAGAAACAGAGAGAAACUCAAUAACGUUCGGGACAAUUUCGCUUUGCUUCGAAAAUUUCCAGUUCGUCGCGCAUCCAAACGUGCAGCAGCUAUUAGCAUCGAUUUGGUACGAGGGUCUUCCUGGUUUUCGUAGAAAGAACAUGCUUCUUCAAGCUAUGGAAAUCGUCAGGAUUGGCUUACUCUUUCCACUAUUCAGCGUGGCAUACAUCAUAGCACCUCACAGCAGCAUCGGUCAGACUAUGAGGAAACCAUUCAUCAAGUUCAUCUGUCACUCGGCAUCAUACUUCACUUUUUUAUUUAUGUUAAUUCUAGCAAGUCAAAGGAUAGAAAGCGUAAUCGGUAAUUGGAUUGGGCACAGCGUUGUUGACCACGAUUCUGUAUCAACCAAAAGGGGUGCUGCACCGACUAUCGUCGAAUGGUUCAUAUUGGCCUGGGUCUCUGGAUUGAUAUGGUCGGAGGUGAAACAACUUUGGGACGUGGGUUUAAAGGAAUACGUGAACGAUAUGUGGAACGUGAUAGAUUUUGUGACGAAUUCUUUGUACGUCGCUACGGUAGCCCUCAGAGUAGUCGCUUAUUAUAGGGUACAAAAGGAAAAUGAAGGUCAGCAGCCAGGUUUUCAAACGGAACUGCAACGUGAACAAUGGGACACUUGGGAUCCUAUGCUUAUAUCGGAAGGCCUGUUCUCAGCCGCCAACAUAUUUAGUUCUUUAAAACUCGUCUAUAUAUUUUCCGUGAAUCCCCAUCUUGGCCCUCUUCAGGUUUCUUUAUCGAGGAUGGUUAUGGAUAUCAUGAAAUUCUUCUUUCUCUACGUUCUAGUAUUAUUUGCUUUUUCUUGCGGUUUGAAUCAACUUUUAUGGUAUUACGCUGAUAUGGAAAAAAAGAGAUGCCCAACAGCAAUGCAAUAUCCAAUGAACGUUAACAUUACAACAGAUUCGAAUGCUUGCAUCGUUUGGCGACGAUUCGCCAAUUUAUUCGAGACCACUCAAACGCUUUUCUGGGCUGUCUUCGGAUUGGUAGAUCUCGAAAGUUUCGAAUUGGAUGGCAUUAAAGUGUUCACAAGAUUUUGGGGUAUGUUAAUGUUCGGCACCUACUCGGUAAUCAAUAUCGUCGUUCUUCUAAAUCUUCUAAUCGCCAUGAUGAAUCAUUCCUAUCAGUUAAUUUCCGAACGGGCUGAUGUCGAAUGGAAAUUUGCCAGGAGCAAACUUUGGAUCAGUUAUUUUGAGGAAGGUGGAACAGUUCCACCACCGUUCAAUAUCAUUCCUACACCAAAGAGCGCUUGGUACGUCGGCUUGUGGAUUUAUCGGAAACUCUGUGGUCAUAGUAGAGCCGCCAAAAAGGAACACAUGCGAACGAUCAGGGUAAAAAUUUGUACUAUAUACCAUAUCGACGUAGGAUCUCUUCAAAGGGAAUCGUCAUUUCGCAUUAUCGAGAGAAAAGCGAAGCAAGCCUCACAGCGUGAUUUUCGUUAUCAAAGUAUAAUGAGAAAUUUGGUUAGGCGAUACGUCACCGUUGAACAACGAAAGGCCGAGAACGAGGGUGUAACCGAGGACGACGUAAACGAGAUAAAACAGGAUAUUAGCGCGUUUCGUUGUGAAAUCAUUGAGAUUCUUAAAAAUUCUGGGAUGAAUACGUCGACGGCGAGUGGUUCCGGAACUGACGGUAGCCUUAAAGAGCUGUCCAUAGGUGCGGGAGGUAAGAAGAACCGGCAGAAGGAACGGCGCUUGAUGAAGGGAUUUAAUAUAGCUCCUCAACCUGGCAGUAGCUCUACAUUGUUAGAACCGGUCGCGGAACUAAUUGCCUCUUGGAAGGAGGUACAACAUGAAAAUUCUCAUCACGAGAUCUUUGGUUCGACGCGAAGCGAGAUAUUUGGUUUAGGUACGAUGCCGAAGAAGACUUUACAUCAUAGUAACGCGUGUAGACAAAGUCGUGGUGCUAGAAGUAGCUCGAAGAAAAAACGUUGGGACACUUUGAUCGAAGCUGCUAAAGCUCACAAAGUUUCGAAGAAAUUCAUCAGUAGAUCUCGUUCCGAGGAUUCAGUUUAUUCACCAGCAUCCGAAGAUGGUGGCUCGAGAUCGGAAGGUUCAACGGAUUCGAAAUCUUCUUUAGAAAUUCAUGGUAGUCAUGAUGUUCACAGUCAUCAAUCCCAUCAACACAGUCAUCAUUCACAUCAUACAGAAAGUCAUCACUCUUUUGGCCGUCUUGGUUUAGUAUCUGCUUUGACGAAAAAACGAAAAAAGUUCUCAGCAUCGAGAGCUUCGACCCCAGCAAUGACCAGCACCAAUUCUAAUCCAAUGGAAAGUACGACGCAGCCUAUAGCUUCGAUUCUUUUAUCUAAAGUUUCGAAAAAACAGUUGCAUCGUGCUAGCAGCGUACCUACAAGAGGUCCGGAACUUGGUUCGCAAACGAUAACACCCCGUAGACACGAAGUCACACAGAGUCAACAGCCGAGUUUGGAUACCGCCGAGAUCGUCAGUGUUAGCGAGCAACAAAGAGUUGUUAGUGCUGUUCCAUUGACACCAUCGACCACGGAGGAGAGCGUUAUUGCUAGCGGAGCGAUUUCAAUGACAGUUAAGACUAAUGGUUCGGCAACGCAACUUCAACGAUUACCUGGCAUCGAGCCGAUCUCUGGACACGACGUAUCAGCUGGUUGGCUCUGAGUACGGCCCCGUCAUCGAUUGGUUCGAUGACGAGCCUCGGCGAUUACACGAUCACGAAUAUCCCAAAUGUCCCAAGAGGAAUAUUACGAGUUCGAGCGCGAUAACUCGUACGACGAAGUUGGCGACGAUGAGAAUCAACGAUAAUUCGCGAUUCCGAGGUUCGAUAAUAAUAAGAAGAAGAAGAAGAAGAAGAAAAAAAAGAAGAAGAAGAAGAAGAAGAAGAAGAAACAAAUCUCGUCGCCUUCGGCAGACGCACACAAUGAUGCCUUUUUUUCACGACGACGCGCCUCGCCAAUUAUAUUUACGUGUCGUCGAGAACGCGAAACUCCGAUGAAACAAAAAGAGAAUAAAAAUUCCAAAAAAAAAAAAAAAAUAAAAUAAAAUAAAAUAAAGCAAAAAAAAAAAAAAAAUAAAAAAGAGAAAGAAAGAAAGAAAAAGAAAAUAAAGAGAGAUAAGGAGAUAAAAAUAUUAUCGUCGUCGACCCUUCGAAAAAUACUCUUCUUCCCUUCGAGACGAGUACGACUUCCGGUUAUAAAUACUUUACGAACUUUCAACUAUCGGAUCGAUCCUGUACCAAUGACAACUCGUGAAUUUCAUUCGUCCGUGAGCUCCUUUCACAGUGUUCGCGUGGAAAUAGUGUGAUAGUGCGAUAGCGCGAUAGCGUUAUUAAAAAAAACUCUAAUGUUAGCCGUGCCUACCGCAUCGACCAAAAAUCAUGUGAUAUCAUUUUUUUAUCUCUAUAUAUUUUAUCAUAAUUCACGUCAUCAAUUCUUACAAAUUCUUAUAAUAUUAAUCGUCGUUUACGAAGAAUACCAUUUCGAGAAUUAUUACUUUUAUUAUAUUAUAUUUGUUUAUUUUUCAAUUUCAUCUUUCUUCCUUCCUUAUUCAUUUAUUUUUUUCUUUUGUUUUGUUUUUUUUUUUUUUUGUUUUUCUCUUUUUUUUUUUUUUCCUUUUAGAAAUUCCAUAUCGAAAAGAUCGUAGAAAGUUUUUAGGACGUGUCCUGUACAAAUUCUCGUGUCGUUUAGGUGAUAAUUAAAUAAAGAAAUAAAUCAUCGGUAUCCUUAGAAAACCGUCCGUAUUACCAAAGAAUUGUUUUUCCCGAGUAGUCAUUAGGUACAUCCAAUCGUCGGAUAUUUGUUCGAGAUCGAUUUUUUUUUUUUUUUAAAUCGCUCGUCUUCUAGAAGUACGAAAUAUAAAAGUAAAAUUUACUAGUACUACUACUACUAUUACUACUGUUACUACUACUACUACUAUUAUAACUGCU